GAGACUGCAGCGGCGACGCGAACCGGACAAACCGAAAAGGAGACGCGCAAAUCUGGAAGAGUAACAUCACCGCGGAAGGCAUCUAUUAACCGGUUGUUCUGCAUGUUUUUUUGAGGGGGGGGAGGUCGCGUCCCGCUUCCACGUCGCCGCUGCGCAGAUUUCCUUUUUUUCUCUGGAGGUGCCGGGAAGUCGACGGGGAGCUUUUGGAGUCGGACCCGGCGAUGGGUGAAGUAGUCCCGGCGCGGAUCGCGGUGCGUGCGUCCGAGCAGAGGAACCCGGGCAGCGGGUCGACGGCACCGCGCAGAGCCUCCUGCGGACUUUAAAAACAACAACAACAACAACAACAACAACGACAACACGAUGCCGGCACGCGGAUCGUGAGCGGCGCGUCGGUGGCACUGAAUCCAAUGAGAGACGGCGCAAACCGGCGUCCGCUGCCAUCAGAGAGACGAACGUGGAGCUCCGCAGAGCGUCGGCGGUGAACGACACGCCGAGUGGACCCCAUGUGGAGCCCCGCGGCGCUGGCGUGGAGCGCGGCUCUGUGCUGCGUGCUGCUGGAGACCUGCGUGACCCCCGCCGGAGGUCUUAACCUGUGUAUGAGCGGCAGCGCUACUUCCUGUGAAGAAUGUCUCCUGAUUCACCCCAGAUGUGCCUGGUGCGCACAAGAGGUACGGACUUUCGGGAGGGGCCGGUCUCUGCCGUCCCGCUGCGACUUCAGCCAGAACCUGGAGAGGAGGGGCUGCGAUGUGCGGCUCAUCGAGUCCCCCACCAGCAGCGUCUCGGUCCUGCAGGACCGGCCUCUGAGCUCCAAAGGCUCCGGGUCGUCCCAGUACGACGUGGUGCAGAUCAGGCCUCAGAAGAUCUCCGUCAGCCUGCGGCCGGGAGACCAGACGCGGUUCGGGGUGCAGGUGCGGCAGGUGGAGGACUACCCGGUGGACCUCUACUACCUGAUGGACCUGUCUCUUUCCAUGAAAGACGACCUGGACACCAUCCGUAACUUGGGCACCAAGCUGGCCCUGGAGAUGGGAAAGCUCACCAGCAACUUCAGGCUGGGCUUCGGCUCCUUUGUGGACAAGAACAUGUCCCCCUUCUCCUACACGGCGCCCAAGUACCAGGAGAACCCGUGCAAUGGGUUCAAACUGUUCCCCAACUGCGUCCCCACCUUCGGUUUCCGCCACAUCGUCUCGCUGACGGACAAAGUGGACCGCUUCAACGAGGAGGUGCAGAAGCAGAUGGUGUCUCGCAACCGGGACGCGCCGGAGGGCGGGUUCGACGCCAUUCUGCAGGCCGCUGUUUGCAAGGAGGAGAUCGGGUGGAGGAAGGAGGCCUACCACCUGCUGGUGUUCGCCACCGACGACGUGCCCCACCUGGCUCUGGACGGCCGGCUGGGGGGCCUCGUCCGGCCCCACGACGGGCGCUGUCACCUCGACGACCGCAACGAGUACAGCGCUUCCACCGAGAUGGACUACCCGUCUCUGGCUCUGCUGGGGGAGAAGCUGGCGGAAAACAACAUCUUCCUCAUCUUCGCGGUCACCAAACGUCUCUACGUUAUUUACAAGAAUUUCACAGCACUCAUUCCUGGAACCACGGUGGAGAUCCUGGACCAGGACUCCAAGAAUGUGAUCCAGCUGAUCGUCGCGGCCUACAAUAACAUCCGCUCCAAGGUGGAGCUGUCGGUGUGGGACCACCCGGAGGACAUCGGCCUUUCCUUCACCGCCACCUGCCAGGACGGAGAGCCGCUGCCGGGCCUCCGGAAGUGCGGCGACCUGAAGAUCGGAGACACGGUGUCGUUCGACGUGAGAGUGGAGGCGCGAAGCUGCCCCCCCCGCGGCGCCAACCGCAGCUUCACCAUCAAGCCGGUGGGGUUCAAAGACCGCCUGGAGGUGGCCGUGGAGUAUCAGUGCGACUGCGGCUGCAGCCGGACGGCGCAAAGCAACAGCAGCGCCUGCAGCGCCACAGGGACUUACAACUGCGGGACCUGCCACUGCGAGCCGGGCUACCUGGGCGCCCGCUGCGAGUGCCAGGAGGGCGAGGCCGCCAGCGUGCACUUCAGCGCCUGCCGGGAGGCCGAGGGCAAGCAGAUGUGCAGCGGGCGAGGGGAGUGCAGCUGCAACCAGUGCCUCUGCUACGAGUCGGAGUUCGGCAAGAUCUACGGCAGCUACUGCGAGUGCGACGACUUCUCCUGCGCCCGGCACAAAGGCGUCCUCUGCUCAGGUCACGGAGAAUGCCACUGCGGGCAGUGUAAAUGCCACGCCGGCUACGUCGGCGACAACUGCAACUGCUCCACCGAGACGGCGCCGUGCGUCGCGGACGACGGGCAGAUGUUAGCGGGGUUCGUGUGGCGUGUUGCCGAUGUUCGUGGGCGCCUUGUGUGGAUCGUCUGCGUCAAACCGCUUCUCCUCCGCUGCAGGGAGUGCAUCGAGUGUCGGCUUUUCAGCUCGGGGCGGCUCGCCGACAACCAGACCUGCCAGCGCCUGUGCAAGGAUGAGAUCAUCACGGCCGAGGCCCUCAGUGAGCCUCGCUCUAUCUCCACCGCUCACUCUAUUUCUCUCCCCAUCCAUCUCUCACGCCUCCAGGCCUCCAACCCUCUGUACAAGCAGCACGCCUCCACACAUUUAGUAGAGACAGAUUUCGACAUGUUCGGGAAGUCGUUCAACGGGGGGGUCCACUGAUCCCCGAAGGCACGGCGGGACGGUCCGGCGAACAGAUGCCCGGAGGACGGAGCGCGUUCACCAGAGAGAGCGAGAGAGAGCGAGAGAGAGAGAGAGAGAGAGAUGCCCGGUUUCUUUUGUACAAACUUUGCACCCAGCAGGAUCACUGCUGACGCACAGGGUUCUAAAAAGGAAAAGAGCACAUAUUUGUAAAGGUGGCUGUGACGACGUGGUGGUACUACUAACAUUUACUAAGCAAUAGACUUCUUACCCUCAUUUUGCACAGAGAAUAUUCAGAGGUGUGUGUGUGUGUGUGCGUGUGUGUGUGUGUGUGUGUGUGUGUGUGUGUGUUCGCUCCUGUUGCACUGUUAAACUGAAUUGUAGGAUUUCCAUCUUUGACUUUCUGAGAACGACUGAGGACAUAAAAGUUUAAAGGUUUGCUUCAUGGGUGACGUUUGGACGUUUCAACAUUUCAACGCCGACCUUCUUAACAUUGGUUUCCCCCCUCGGGUUCAUCUGCAGCACCACGGAUUCGCCAUGUCAGGCUUUUCUUUCUCUCAGAAGCUCCAAAGGUUCUGUCGCUCCAGUUCCGCUCAGUGCUCCCAUCACGGAUUGAUUAUCCGUGUGAUGGGAGGGACAGAAUAACAGUGGCCAAACAAUUAAUCGAGGAAAGCAAAGUGUCUCUAAACUACAUCAGGCUCGGGUGGGGAAAAGUGUGUGUGUGUGUGUGCGUGUUUGAGUGCCUGUAGAUUAUAUAACAUGGUGUGUGAGUGUGUGUGUGUGUGUCGUGUGUGUUGAACGGGGUCGGACGCGGCACAGUCUUACUAAAGCUCACACCUUAAACCUUUUAGGUCUUCUUCCUGUCCAGCAGUGGACGUUCUCACCUGGACGAGCACGAACAAUAAAUGUGCUUCUGUCAAAAAAGCCG